UGCUUCAGAUGCGUGAGAGGAGGACACAACAGAAGCUGCUUUUUGUUUCAGGGGCUGUCUUGUACUAUGUUGUCUUGUGUAAUGCGCAUGUGCAGUAGAUACCAUGAAGUUUCACCAUGAAAAGGUCACAAUGACUCUGAUAAACAUUCAGCUCUGUCAGAGCCAAAUAACUGAUGGAGGACAGAAGAGAGAGUGUGUUACAUCUGUCAUUGACUAUUUAUGGUCAUGCAUGUCAAAUAUGAAGAAAAGAGCUGCAUCAAGGUCGAGCGGGAGCAGAGCGAGUGUGUGCGCGCGUGAUUUUGUGUGUGAGCUCGUUGGCCACAAUGAAGCGCAACAUUCAGAUCAUCGAAUGGGAGGAUCUGGACAAGAGGAAGUUCUACUCUCUGGGCGUCUUCAUGACCAUGACCACACGGGCCGCUGUCUACCCCUUCACCCUGAUCCGCACCAGACUGCAGGUCCAGAAGGGGAAGUCGCUCUAUAACGGCACCUUCGACGCCUUCUGGAAGAUCCUGAAGGCCGAGGGGACACGUGGCCUUUACCGAGGGUUCAUGGUCAACACGUUCACACUGAUCUCAGGUCAGGCCUACGUCACGACCUACGAGCUGGUGAGGAAAUACGUGUCCUGCUACUCGUCCAAUAACACGAUCAAGUCUCUAGUAGCGGGCGGCGCGGCUUCGCUGGUGGCCCAAAGCAUCACAGUUCCCAUCGACGUGGUGUCCCAGCAGCUGAUGGUGCAGGGUCAGGGCUGUCAGCUCACACGCUUCAAACUCAAGCCCAGGAAGGUGACAUUUGGCCAGACCAGAGACAUUGUGGUGCAGAUUUUUCACGCCGAUGGAUUUCGGGGGUUUUAUCGUGGAUAUGUGGCGUCCCUCCUCACCUACAUCCCCAACAGCGCCAUCUGGUGGCCUUUUUAUCACUUUUACGCAGAGCGGCUCUCCAGACUGGCUCCAGUGGACUGUCCACACCUGCUCCUGCAGGCCGUGGCGGGACCGAUGGCUGCAGCCACAGCCUCCACCCUCACCAACCCCAUGGACGUGGUCCGAGCCCGAGUACAGGUCGAAGGUCGUUCGUCUGUGAUGGAGACGUUCAAGCAGCUCCUGGCUGAAGAGGGCGUGUGGGGUCUCACCAAGGGGCUGUCUGCACGCAUCAUUUCCUCCCUGCCCACGUCGGUCAUGAUCGUCAUCGGGUACGAGACACUAAAGAGACUCAGUCUGCGGCCCGAGCUGGUGGACAGCAGACACUGGUGAAAACGCACAUACCUCAGCCUUUUAUUAUUUUCACGUUUUAUGAGGACCAGGCAAUAAUUGGAGGCAAUAAAAAUCUCUCCGUUUCUGUGAACUCCGUUGAGUGCGUCCGACCCUGUAUUUUGUAGUGAGACGUCAUGAAACGCCUUAUUUAUGCUUUUCGCCCGGAAUAUGAGAUUUUGAAGUGACAGUCAUUUUGAAAUGGUGACUUUGACACGCUCUUGUCAAUCUCAAGCAGUGCUCUUCACGUCAUCUGACAGGAAGUGAGAUCAUCACAUCGGUUACAUGGUAAGAAGAUUGACAUGUAUGGCUUUUCACACUUGAAACCCUGGAUUGUUUUUAACCCUUGCAGCAAGGUUAUUAAUAUUGUUUGGAUUAGUGCUCUGUCUUCUGAAACCCAAAUAUUGUCUAAUUUUAAUAAUCCAGUUUCAUAUUUUUAAGAUUUUUAUGACUUUUACACAUGGGUAUUAAAGCUCAUGUAUAUUUAAUGAGACAAGAAUCCACUAAACAUGUAACUAGCAUUUCCUGGAGAUAUCAGUGCAUAUUAAAAUAAGGCAAUUCAUUUUGAAAGACUUGGGAAACUUGUACAUUUGCGAAUACAAAUGUACUAAUUAUAAAUUAAGCUCAGGUCUCAGCUCAGGCUGAAAAAAAUGCUGUUCAAGUGUAGUUAUUGGGAAAUUGUUAAAAUCUUUUAAAAACAUAUAAAUGAGUUUUUAAAGUGGCCUUUAACCAGGGUUAGACUUGACGUGAAAAGCCUUGUGAGAAAAGUUAGAAAGAAUCAUGUUGUGUUGAAUGAUAUUUGAGAAUCAUAUUUUGUGUUCGUAUCAUGGCUCGUCUUUAACCGUCAGCAAACAGUGUUUUGGGGCCAAAGCUUUUAGUUCAAAUGUUUUGUAAAUGU